UUCCCCAUUUCCUCCUCUUUCUCUCUCUCUUUCUCUCUAGUCUUCAUUCAGCAGCCUCUCUCUCUUUUUUUUCUCUCUCUCUCUCUCUCCCUCUCCAACCUGGUCUUGUUCCUUCAAAUCUAACCAGGGCCGUCGUCGCUCGGAUAUUUCGCCGGAGAGAGAGAGAAAAGCGAAGGAGGCGGAGACGGAGACGGAAACAGAGUGACUUUGGAGAUCAUGGCUCAGCCUUCAAACGGUGCCGAUCUCAAUCCCCAGGCUCCUCAUCCUCACCACCAAUGGUUUCAACAACAACAACAGUAUCAGCAGCAAUGGAUGGCGAUGCAGUACCCUGCCGCCGCCAUGGCCAUGAUGCACCAACAGCAGAUGGUGAUGUAUCCUCCUCAGCAUUAUAUGGCGUAUUCUCACCAUCCUUAUCAACAGCAACAACAGCAACAACAGCAGCCGUCGUCGCAACAGCAGCAACAGCAUGCUCAGUCGCAGAGACCUCGUAGACAGGGGUCAACGGACGAGGUUAAGACGCUUUGGAUUGGUGACCUUCAGCCUUGGAUGGACGAGACCUACCUCAAUAAUUGUUUCGCUCACACCGGCGAGGUUUCCUCUGUUAAGGUUAUAUGCAAUAAGCAAACUGGUCAAUCGGAGGGCUAUGGUUUUGUUGAGUUCUUCUCGCAUACGACAGCCGAAAAAGUAUUGCAGAAUUAUAAUGGUACUAUCAUGCCUAAUACAGAGCUGCCUUUCCGUCUCAAUUGGGCAACCUUUAGUGCAAAUGAUAGGCGACCAGACACUGGUUCUGACCUAUCAAUAUUUGUUGGUGACUUGGCUGCCGAUGUGACUGAUGCUAUACUGCAAGAAACUUUUUCUAGUAGAUACACAUCUGUUAAAGGCGCAAAGGUGGUUAUUGAUUCAAAUUCAGGUCGUUCAAAAGGUUACGGCUUUGUCAGGUUUGGUGAUGAAAAUGAAAGGACAAGGGCUAUGACUGAAAUGAAUGGGAUUUAUUGUUCAAGUAGACCCAUGCGCAUUGGUGUUGCAACACCAAAGAAAGCAUCUGGAUAUCAACAAGGUUACGCUUCACAAGCUUUGGUACUGGCCGGUGGACAUCCCAAUGGCAUGGCUGUUCAAGGUUCACAAUCAGACAGCGAGUCAAACAACACGACUAUAUUUGUUGGUGGUCUCGAUUCUGAUGUUAGUGAUGAAGAUCUGAAGCAAGCUUUCUCUAAGUUUGGUGACGUUGUCUCUGUGAAAAUUCCAAUUGGAAAAGGAUGUGGAUUUGUGCAAUUUGCUAACAGAAAGAAUGCUGAGGAUGCAAUACAGGGACUGAAUGGAACAGUUAUAGGGAAGCAAACUGUUCGUCUUUCUUGGGGCCGAAGUACAGGGAACAAGCAGUGGAGAGGUGAUUCAAAUAACCAAUGGAAUGGUGGACGUUAUGGUGGGCAAAGCUAUGGUGGAUAUGGUGGCUAUUACUCUGUACCACAGCAUCAGGACCCAAACAUGCAUCCCACAGCUGCUGCUGCUGCAGUUAAUGGCUCAUCUUGAGAAGAGAAGAAUAUGGCCAUUCCCACCAUUGAACUGAAAAUCUGAGCAUUCAAAACACCAAUCUCUUAGCUACAAAUAUAUAAUAUAUCUAUAUAUAUAUAUAUUGACUUGGUAUUAGAGAGAACUUAUUUAAGUUGUGGUUAGCUGGAUCUUUUAUUUGAAUAAUCAUAUGGCUUGAUAACAUUUAUUACUUCCUUGCGUGAGAGUCUUUUAGACUGCUUGUAGGCUUUAGCUCAUCUGAACAAUUUUGGGGUAUCUGGGUGGAUUUUUCUUGUCUUAGUGGGUAUUUUUUAUUUUUUAUUUUUUAUUUAAGUUUUAAUUUACAGAUCAUAAUUAUAUUACUACUACUACUACUAUUAUUAUUUCAUUUGUAGUAUAGAUGCUUUAAUUGAA